AUGACGGGGAAAGCGGGGGAAGCGCUGAGCAAGCCCAAAUCCGAGACAGUGGCCAAGAGUACCUCGGGGGGCGCCCCGGCCAGGUGCACAGGGUUCGGCAUCCAGGAGAUCCUGGGUUUGAACAAGGAGCCCCCCAGCUCCCACCCGCGGGCUGCCCUCGACGGCCUGGCCCCCGGGCACCUGCUGGCGGCGCGCUCGGUGCUCAGCCCCGCGGGAGUGGGCGGCAUGGGGCUGCUGGGGCCCGGGGGGCUCCCCGGCUUCUACGCGCAGCCCACCUUCCUGGAAGUGCUGUCCGACCCGCAGAGCGUCCACUUGCAGCCGCUGGGCAGAGCGUCGGGGCCGCUGGACACCAGCCAGACGGCCAGCUCGGAUUCUGAAGAUGUUUCCUCCAGCGACCGAAAAAUGUCCAAAUCGGCUUUAAACCAGACCAAGAAACGGAAGAAGCGGCGACACAGGACAAUCUUUACUUCCUACCAGCUAGAGGAGCUGGAGAAGGCAUUCAAUGAGGCCCACUACCCAGAUGUCUAUGCCCGGGAGAUGCUGGCCAUGAAAACGGAGCUGCCUGAAGACAGGAUACAGGUCUGGUUCCAGAACCGUAGAGCCAAGUGGAGGAAACGGGAGAAGUGCUGGGGCCGGAGCAGCGUCAUGGCGGAGUACGGGCUCUACGGGGCCAUGGUGCGGCACUCUAUCCCCCUGCCAGAGUCCAUCCUCAAGUCCGCCAAGGAUGGCAUCAUGGACUCCUGUGCCCCGUGGCUGCUGGGGAUGCACAAAAAGUCGCUGGAGGCAGCAGCGGAGUCGGGGAGGAAGGCCGAGGUGGAGCGCCAGGCCCUGCCCAAACUCGACAAGAUGGAGCCGGAGGAGCGGGGCCCCGACCCUCCAGCGGCCAUGUCCCAGGAGGAACUGAGAGAGAACAGCAUUGCGGCGCUCCGAGCCAGAGCUCAGGAGCACAGCACCAAAGUGCUGGGGACUGUGUCCGGGCCCGACAGCCUGGCCCGGAAUGCCGAGGAGCCGGAGGAGGAGGAGGCCAUGGACGAAGACAGGCCAGCGGAAAAGCUGAGUCCACCGCAGCUUGAGGACAUGGCUUAGGUCAGGGGCACGCAGACACCGAGCUCCCAGGACUCGCCUCGGGCCUGUGGUGUUGGGAGGUGUUCUCUGAGGCAGGGCUGGGGCCGGGCCUGGCCUCUGCCUCGCUCCCCCGCGCCCCGGGCCCUCCACGCCCCCCGGGGCUGACUUCAGCACAACUCAGCUCUGGCAGAGGUUUGGGGCCGCGCUGAGACACCCCAUCUAGUCUUGACCUCUCCAGCAUCCUCCUCAUCCCAAGGCCCUGCCUCAGCAGCUUUCUUGUCGUCCUAAACCACCCCUCAUGCCACUUUCACUCAAGCCCUUGGCGCCUCUCACUGUCCACAUCUGCCCCUUGCUCUCUGUUCUCUUGCUUGAAAGAGCCUCCCCUCCCCAGCUCUACGCACACACCCCCCCCCCGCCCCCAUGGCUUCUGCUCUGCCCAGACCCAAAGCCCACAGCUGCAAACUGGCAGGGACUGCGGAUUUGCACUCUAGUACCAGUGUCCUGAGUACCCCCCCCCAGUCUUCAGCAAAACUGUGCGCCCCCCACCCAGCCUGUUCCUUCCCGAGGGCCUGGGUCUGGGUCUCCACAGGGUGGAUAAACUGCCCUGCAGGCCCAGGCACAACCUCUGCUCCACCCCAUCGACAGGGCUCAGAUUCCAGGUAAACUUGGAAGGUGUCAUCCUGAGCCCCUCGGCCUCCCUCCAUUUCAUGCCUUCCAUGGUCACCCUCAGGAACCUGCCUACCCUACCUUCCCCCCCAGUAUGGGUGCCAGCACCGCCAUGUACAGUACCUGUAGAGUCCAGGGCCUGUGCCCUGCAGCCAGAGGGCACCUGUCACAAAUGCUGUGGUCAUGGCAUUGCUGGGGAGGCCAAACUCUUACCCAGAGCCCUUGGGCCUGCAUUCUGAAGCAUCCUGCCCGCCCCCUACCCCUGGAUAUGCUACCUGUGACCCUGAUCUGCUAUGCAAGACACCCUUCUAGAGCUUCUUGCAGUUUAUCGAUGUGCAUGUGUCCUGCCUUGGAGCAACCCAAUCCAGCUGUAAAAUGAAUGAAUAGGAAGCCACAGAUCUUGACUCAACUUGAUCCAGGCCAUCCCUGGGAGGCCAAGCCUGGAGUGGGCCUGGGGCUAUUAUAGGCAUCAAGGAGUGGUCACAAGAAGGGCACAAGAAAGGACUCAAAGGAGAGCAAGGCAGAAGCCAGAGUUAGACCCAAACUAAGCAACUGGCACACACACCUGGCAGGUGUAUGCUGUGGCAUCUGCCCACUAGAAUAGGAUGGACACAGUGACCGUGUAGGCAUAGGGGACUGGGGGCUUCUUCCUGUCUGCUGAUGGGAGGCACUGUCCACCGGGUGGCCUCUCUGCAGCUGCCCCUGCCACCCCCAGGCCAGGCAUAUGUCUCCCUCACCCCCUUGACGUUUCCCUCUACCAUCCCUCCCACCUUUGCAGGGAAUACCUCGCAAGAGAAAGGCCUGAGACAGUGAGUUUGGAUUUUAAUUCUGUAUCAAAAGUUGAUUUCUUCCUCAUUCUGUUCACGGAAUUCCCCGCCCCCUUCUUGUCUCUGUCUCCUUUGGUUUGAAGUGUUAGGCUGUAGCCCCCAGUGUGUAAAUAUGUACAUAGAGUGGGAAGAAAGAGACUUGAUAUUGAGGUGUUUGAAAUAUGGAACUGUAAUAACUUCUAGGUAUUCUAAACCUGUGAUUUCUGUGCCAUUUUCUGUAAAGAUACAAGUGAGAAUAAAAUUGAUGUACAAACAUCAGGGGAGGGAUCCAAGAA